AUGUCAAACUUGAGGAGGGUGUUGGAGAGGCAAGAGCGAGAAGAGGAAGAAAUCUGGCGCAGACGUGCUGAGGAAGAUCGGGAGGCCGAUGAAGAAGACGAAGAAAUGCUUGUAUCGGUGUGUAUGCUUAAUGAAUCAAGGCAACAUCACUGUCGUCGUGCUCCAAAUAUGGACAAACGUAGGCAGUCUCGGGUUAAGAAUCUCUUGGAAGAUUACUUUAUCCAAAAUUCGUUAUAUCCUGUUUCUAAGUUUCGAGAGAGAUAUAGAAUGCAGCCACAUUUGUUCCAAAAAUUCAUGCAUGAUAUUUGUAAUCACGACACAUGCUUCAUUCAGAAGUAUGAUGCUGUUGGAGUUUUGGGUCUUCUCCCGGAGCAAAAACUUACAGCUGCUUUGUGGUUACUUGGCUAUGGGGCAUCUGCAGAGCAGGUGGAUGAGAUUGCAAGGAUGUGA